AUGGCGAGGAAAGGGUCGAGUAUCAGAUUAUCGAGCUCGAGAAUAUCUUCCCUUUUGCUCUCCAUGUUCGCAACUUUCGCUUCCUUCUAUGUAGCAGGCCGUUUAUGGCAAGAAUCCCAAACUAGGGUUCAUCUAAUCAAGGAGCUCGAUAGAGUAACGGGACAGGGCAAAUCUGCCAUAUCAGUGGAUGAUACUUUGAAGAUCAUAGCUUGCAGGGAACAGAAGAAGACACUAUCAGCUCUUGAGAUGGAAUUAAGUGUAGCAAGGCAAGAAGGUUUUGUUCCAAAAAUUCCCAAACAUACUGAUGGAACCGAAACCAAGAAAAGACCUUUAGUGGUAAUCGGUAUAAUGACAACUUUGGGUAACAAGAAGAAAAGAGACGCAGUCAGGCAAGCAUGGUUGGGGACGGGUGCAGCAUCAUUGAGAAAACUUGAGACUGAAAAGGGUGUGAUUGCACGAUUUGUUAUUGGAAGAAGCGCAAAUAAAGGGGACAGCAUGGACAAGAGCAUUGACGCUGAGAAUAGUCAAACCGAUGACUUCAUUAUUCUUGAUAAUGUCGUUGAGGCACCAGAGGAAGCUUCUAAGAAGGUGAAACUGUUCUUUGCCUAUGCAGCAGAUAGGUGGGAUGCACAGUUUUAUGCAAAGGCCAACGACAAUAUCUACGUAAAUAUUGAUGCUCUCGGAAGUACACUUGCAGCACAUCUGGAGAACCCACGGGCUUACAUCGGUUGCAUGAAAUCUGGCGAAGUUUUCUCAGAACCGAACCACAAAUGGUAUGAACCAGAAUGGUGGAAAUUCGGUGACAAGAAAGCAUACUUCCGGCAUGCUUAUGGGGAGAUGUAUGUUAUAACGCAUGCAUUGGCUAGAUUUGUAUCAAUCAAUAGAGACAUCCUCCAUGGGUAUGCUCAUGAUGACGUCAGCACGGGUUCAUGGUUCGUGGGUCUUGAUGUUAAGCAUGUAGAUGAAGGAAAGUUUUGUUGUUCUGCUUGGUCCUCAGAAGCUAUAUGCGCGGGAGUGUAG